GCAAGAAAAAAAAAAAAGAGACACAAUAAACCCUAAAAUAAAAAUUCCCCGUUUUAGUAGCUGCCUCUUUUUGUUUCUUCCGAUUCUAAUUCCACCGAGUUAAGCAAAAAGCCGAGACUGUGUCAAUCAUGAGGGGAGUAAAACGCGCCGCCGUCUCCGAUUCUAUUGACUCUUCCUUUAAGAAUGCUAAACCAAUGGAAGGAACCUUAUUUGGUACUCAGAAGAAUGUGGCACAGAUGCAGCAGAGUUCAUUAACAUCAGCAUCAUUGGAUAAGCAAAGGGCUGAGUUAGCUAGAAAGAAUGUGAGAGCUCUUAAUAACCAAUUUGUAAGUUGGGUUCAGUUACAGCUGAAGAAUCAUCCUGAUGAACUCUGGGAAGAUGGGAUGAAUGACUACAUUGCGCAUGCUUCAAACAUUCUGGAAAAGUUUAAGGAUGUCGUCAACUGGCUGAAAGAAAAUAAGGGAAAGGGGGAAAAUGUAUCCCCUGAAUCUCGUGGAGCAGAGAAGAAAAUUGUGGCUGAAGUCAAGAAUAGCGAUCUUAAAUCAGUUUCAAAUAAUAGCCUAUUUGCUUCAAACAGUCAACCUGGGCUCUUCUCAAACAAUCAAUCUUCCAAUUUUUCCAGUAGUCAGUCUGGUUUGUUUUCAAGCCAACCUGGAGCAUUCUCCAACAGUCCAUUUGGUUCAACAUCUAAUAGCCAGACUGGGUCUUUUAGCAGUGGCCAGACUGGUUUGGCUAAAAGCAGCCAACCAAGCCUAUUUUCCAGCAGUCAAGCCGGAGCAGUCUCUAAUAGCCAGACUGGGUUUUUUAGCAGUGGCCAGACGGGUUUGGCUAAAAGCAGCCAACCGAGCCUAUUUUCAAGCAGUCAAGUAGGAGCAGUCUCUAAUAGCCAACCUCCUUUCCCAUUUUCGAAUAAUCAAACCACUUAUUCAUCUGGAGUAGCUCCAGUGUCCACAGCGGUAAAGCGAGAUUCUGCAGAUGAUGCAGAUGGUGAAGAUGAACAACCUCAACCGAGCAGCCCAUCGGUCAAAAAGACUGAAGAAAAGGGUGUUACUGUGGUUCAUGAAGUCAAAUGCAAACUUUAUGUAAAGUCAAAUGACCCAUCUGAUAAAGGUUGGAAAGAUAAAGGAACAGGGAAUCUUUACAUAAAAUGCAAAGAAGGCAUCGACAAGGGGACAAAAGAAUCAAAACCCACAAUUCUUGUCCGAAACGAUGUUGGAAAACUGCUCCUGAAUGCACUACUGUACGCUGGAAUCAAGACGAGCCCAUCGAAGAACGCCCUUGUUGCAAUAUUCCACUCCUCGGAGGAUUCCAAUGAGAAUGUAACGCCAAGAACCUUCCUGAUAAGGACAAAGACUGCAGAAGCCAGAGAUAAAUUAGCAACGGCCAUCCAUGAAUACGCCCCUUCUUCAUAAAAUGCCCUUAACAAGGUUGAGAUCUUCACUGUAACUUUUAAAAGCUUUUAUGAGUCGUCCUCUCUCUCUAUUUUUUCCUUGAUUUGUAAUAUUAGGAAGGCUCUAUAAGAAGGCUUUGAUUAAAGGCAAAAAAUUGUUGUAUGGUUGAGAGAGAGAGAGAGAGAGAGAGAGAGAGAGAGGGAUGGGUAAAGGUACUUCGUAGCUUAUUAGAGAAUGUUGUGCGUUGUGCCAAUCUAUUUUGUAACUUAAAUCCAACGACAAUAAAAAUUAUUUCUUUCUAUCAAA